AUGACCGGACCUGACAAGGAGGUCAUCAAAAGACGUCUCGGUCAUGUCUAUGCGUUCCUCAGGGGCAGAGCCUAUAUCAAGAAAGACGACAUGGCUGAAAGCGCUGGCGGCUGGAUUCUAUGUCGCGGUCUACAUGGUGAAUUUUCCCUAGCCAUCAAUGCCGUCCACACUUCUAACAAUUCUCCUAUCUCAGAGAUCGCAGCGAGAAAGCUUCCAGAGUAUGGCGACAAGUUCCAAGUCCACGUGCAGACGCCCUUCGACAAGCUGAAUCUCUACACCGCCACCCUCACCAUCCCCGGCGAAGAUGAACCCCUUCUGCACACAAAAUUCUGUCGCACUCCCGUUGAAGCACUGUCAAAUCUGCGCAUCAUGAUUAUGGUCUGUGAGGACCCCAACACCAAGGCGAAGCGUGAAGAAGAGCAGCGCAAGAAGCAAGAGCGCCCUGCAGAAGAAAAGAAUGCCGAGCAGGAGAACGAUGAAGGCCUAGUGGACAGCGAGAACUUGGCCACAAAGCAGCAUGAUGAUGCAAUGCGCGCCGAACAGGAGGCUUUGGACAGGGAGGAGCUGGCCAGAGAGCAGUGGGAUUCCACAUUGGCUCAAUUAGGUGGAAUGAAGUCGCGUCAGGCCGCUGGAGGUCGCAAGAGAAGAAGCCAUGCUGCUGAGUAA